GCCCAACGCCCUCCCCAUCAUGGCCUUCGGGAUUCGGUGCGAAUUUGACGAGCGUCCGAUUAUUUACACAUAGAUUAAUGUCGUCAUCUUCGAUCAAUUGGCACUUGGCGGCGCUGUCGGUCAGCGACACGACUAUCCUCAUCGCGUCGUUUGUCGCGCAGUGCGCAGCGCGGUUGGCAGAAUAUUUGACCAUGUGUGGAAGGUCGGGUACUGGAGCUAUCUCGCCACAAUCUCCAAUAAUGUAUGGAAUCAAGACGAAAGCGCAAACGGCCAGCGUCUACUUGACGGUUGGCGUGUCGGUGCAUCGAUAUAUAGGCGUGUGUCAUCCCUAUAAAGCGCCACAAUUAUUGCCAAAAAACGGGUCGCCUGGUGUGAUCAUCGGGAUCAUUGCCUUCUCCAUUCUCUUCAACAUUACCAGAUUGUUC